AUGAAGCAUGGUGAAGAAGAGACCCCAGGGAAUGAUUCUCUUGUGACCAUGUUUGUCAUAAUGGGCUUUUCUACCCGCCCUGACAUGAAGCUUUCUAUCUUCUUGUUGUUGCUAUGCAUUUACAUCAUCACAGUGCUGGGCAACCUCCUCAUUCUCUUCAUCAUAAAUGCUGACCCCACCCUUCACACUCCCAUGUAUUUCUUCCUCAGGAACUUAUCAUUCCUAGAGAUCUGCUACACUUCAGUCACCCUGCCCAAGUUGUACCAGCCUCCAUUCAUUUCCUUUGCUGGCUGUGCUACCCAAAUGUAUUUCUUUUUGUUUUUUGAUGCAACUGAAUGCUGUCUCUUAGCUGCUAUGGCACAUGACCGCUACAGUGCCAUAUGUAACCCACUGAGGUACACAGCCAUUAUGAACAAGAAGGUGUGCAUCCAACUAGCUGCUGCAUCAUGGGUCUGUGGCAACUUGGUAGCCCUUGGACAUACCACAUUCAUGUUCUCACUGACUUUCUGUGGUCCUAAUGUGAUUAACCACUUCUUUUGUGAGAUCCAGCCACUGCUAAUGCUGGUGUGUGGAGACACUUAUUGGAAUGAGAUCCAGGUCAUUGUGGCUGCUGCCUUUGUCAUCAUGAUGCCUUUUAUGCUAAUUCUGGUGUCCUACAUUCGAAUCAUUUCAACUAUCCUUAACAUUAGGUCUGCAGAAGGAAGGCGUAGAGCUUUCUCCACAUGCUCCUCACAACGCACUGUAGUGAUGAUAUUCUAUGGAACAGCCAUUUUCAUCUAUAUUCGUCCCAAAUCUACCUAUUCCCUGGAUGUGGACAAACUGCUCUCUUUGUUCUACUCCGUGAUCACACCAAUAUUAAACCCAAUUAUAUACAGCCUUGGAAACAAGGAUGUGAAAAGAGCCCUUAAGAAAAUAAAGCUAAAGAUGUUUUAUCAAAAAACAUAG